AAUCGUCGGCGGCUGCAGACCGAUUCUUAUGGCAAGGAAAUUGGUGGGUCCGCGGGGUUAGUGAUGGGAGCAUGAAAAUGAAACAUCUUUGUUUAUUACAAAUACAAAGCCCUGACCCGUACUUUUCUGCCAUUUUUUCCACUAAUGUAAACAAAAAUUUCCUACUUUUCUUUCUUCUCCUCCCUUAAACCCGCGUCUUCUUUCCCCUUUUAUUAUACCCGUCUCCGUGUCGACCUCCUCCUAUUCUUCGGUUAAAUUCUGGUUCCACCAUCUCUCAGGCAAGGCUGGCCUUGAAGAGGCAGAAACGGAGAAACUGAAGCAAUUCCUUCUGAUCUUCAAACCAGUUCGUCUCUCUUGGUUCAUAGUCAGAGAAACCUAGUGAGAAAUGCAAGAUCCAAGGGUGUUCGGAGCUGAGAAGGAUUCAAACCCCAAAUUGUGGAAAAAGAAAAACUCUGCCCCAAGAGUAACUACAUUUCAGUUAGAUAGGAAUGAAGAGGUGCCACAUUUACAGGGUUCUCUGCCACUUAGAACGGGGAAAAAGGUAUCCAAAAGGAACUUAAAAAAUGAAGUCCCUCCAUUGUUCCAGCAACCUGAGCAAUCAAAUUCAGACUCACUAACAGAUUCGUACACAUCUGGAAACGAGUAUCGAGCAUUGAGGAAGAAGUAUUUGCUGGAAGCCAUCUGGCAAUUGGCUAAUGCAUGUUACACCCUAUCUUACAAUAGAAGAUAAAUUCUACCUUCAAACCUAAUUUACUUCUUUAUUUUUUUGAAGCUUCAAUAGUUACUUUCUUAAUCUCUAAUCCCAGGUGGAGAGCUCAAUCAAAUAGCUCGCAAAUUGCUACUGCAAGCUUCAAUACAAUAUAAUAUAAUGUAAUAUAAUUC